AAACGGGCUCCUGAACGGGGAAGAGAGGAGGCGGAGUCAGCAGACGAGGACCGGAAAAAGGCCUCAGCCGUCCCGACGCCCUCGGAGAUAUCACCACAUGACCGUAGCCGCCGCAACGCUUCAGCAACCGCGGGGCCUGAGCCACGGGGAGAGUGCAUCUGACUGUCUUCCGAAAGAGAGCCGCACGAGACCUCAGCACCCUCAGGGACCGGGCCUCGCUAUGGCCGCAGGCAGCCCCCUUGAGAGCUGCCUGGGCGUGCGACAUCCCCAGACAGGAACACACAUCUCACGAGUCUCCCCAGCGUGGGCAUGGAAAAACACAUUGUCGGAACUGAUUACCAGACAUGGUCUCUACUGCUUCGUCAGGAUUCCCAGUUUGCAGACGCCAUGGCUCAGCUGGUGGAGUGUGUCCCCAACUUCUCUGAGGGUCGAAACAAAGAGGUGAUCGAUGCCAUCUCAGCAGCCAUUUCCGGCACCGCUGGCUGCAGCCUGCUGGACGUCGACCCCGGAGCCUCCACCAACCGGACCGUCUACACCUUCGUGGGCUCCCCUGCAGCCGUGGUGGAGGCAGCGCUGAACGCCGCCCGGCAGGCCUUCAGCCUCAUCGACAUGAGCAAACACUCAGGUGAGCAUCCUCGGACCGGAGCGCUGGACGUUUGUCCCUUCAUCCCCGUCCAGAAUGUCUCCAUGGACGACUGUGUCAACUGCGCCAACGUCUUCGGACGGAAACUGGCCGAACUGCUGCACGUGCCCGUUUAUCUUUACGGAGAGGCAGCACGAAAAGAAACGAGGAGAAGUCUUCCGUCUGUCCGAGCCGGAGAGUACGAAGCUUUACCUGAGAAGUUGAAGCGCGACGAUUGGGCCCCCGACUUUGGCCCCGCCACGUUCGUGCCAUCGUGGGGCGCCACUGUAACCGGCGCUCGCAAGUUCCUCAUCGCCUACAACGUGAAUCUGAUAAGCACCAAGGAGCAGGCUCAUCGCAUCGCCCUGGACGUCCGGGAGCAGGGCCGAGGGAAAGACCAGCCUGGGGUGCUGCAGAAGGUGCAGGGGAUGGGCUGGUACCUGGACGAGGCCAACAUCGCUCAGGUGUCCACCAACAUCCUGGACUACGAGCUGACCCCCCUCCACACCGUGUACGAGGAGAUCUGCAGGGACGCUGAGGACCUAAAGCUGCCUGUAGUCGGCUCUCAGAUCGUGGGUCUGAUCCCCCUGAAGGCUCUGCUGGACGCUGCUGACUUCUACAUCCGCAGAGACCAGCUCUUCAUCAUCGAAGAGGAGCACAAAGUCCGGCUGGUGAUCAGUAAACUCGGCCUCGACUCUCUCGGCCCGUUCAACCUGAAGGAGAGAAUCAUAGAGUGA